AUGGAGAUUGCAGCACCGCCACCAGUCAACCCGACAGAAUUCUGCGACUGGCGCGUUCAGUCCCAGGGCAACUGUGAGGGAGUCACCUAUGUCUCGUUCCUCUACACCACACACAUCAUCUCCUCCUUCCUCUUCCUCUUCAUCUCAAUUGGCAUCUUGAUCCAUAACAUCUGGUGGAAGGGCCAAAAGAUCUGGGAGUUCUCUCGUAACGACAAGGCAUUCCGGCCUCGACCCACCGAAGGCUUUGUUCUCUGGUUCCGUUGUCUGCUUUCUGUGCUGUUGCUCGCAGGUGUCAACGAAGGAAGACGUGGAUACCUAGAAAAUUUUGCCGACUUGCCAUGGGUAUUCGUCUCGGGUGCAAUGGGUUUCUACCUCGUCGGCAUCAUCUACGCGACCCCAGCGUCAUUCUCGACCACUAGCAAGAAACGUCGUGCCUCACACGAACUCGAGUCGCAGUCGCCCACAACACUGAUAAACGAGAAGAACGUGGGACGACUUUCUUCUCUGAUGGGCCCUAAACGGGUCUACCUUCCCACGCCGAUGGUCCUGAAUUUGACCUUGAUGGGCUUGAUCCUCCUACCGUUGAUCAGCAACCAGAUCUUGGCCUCUUUUGCCGGACGGGCCUUUGACCGUGGUGACUUUGACCUCUACAACUCUUUGAUUGCCGCCAUGUAUGGUGUCUGGAGUUUCAUUGUUGGCGUCAUCUUUGUCCUCUACAUCUUUUUCGGAAAGCAACUGCUGACAAUCAUCUCAUCCAACAUGGAGACCAUCAAUGACAGCGUCGGUCGUAUAUCAUCUCGGAUCGGCAACAACUCAGAGUACGAGGAUAAUGAGCGACAGCUCAACACUCUCAAGUCGACUUACCAACGCAUGCGUGCCAUAUUGAUCCUCUGCGGCAGUCUUUCACCCCUGAUGGGCCUCAUGAUGCUCUUCUUUGCCAUCUUCCGGAGGCAGAUCCUGAAUAGCACUGUUGCCAGCGAGGCCUUUUCUCUCAUUUGGAUCCAUGGGGCCAGUGUUGCACUAGGCUGCUCUUUGAUCUUUAUUCUCUUCAGAAAGGCGUAA